CCUCCCUCUCUCACACCGUGCAGAGUUAACGCCGUUAAGUCGCAGUCCCGUUGUGCAGCGUGUGAUAUGGAGGAGUAGACCGAAUGCACCGGACCCGUCGUGUGUUUCUACCAGUACAUCCAGCCGAGACGUGGAGAUAUCCCAGAACACGACGUCUGCAAGCGGACCUCGGCUCUCUAGACGGUGCACAUUUGCUGGGGGGAUUGGAAUAAGAGAAGGCAACACGUAUCCGUUGGGAUUUAACUCCUGAGGAACGCGCAGGAGUUGGGAUCGGGAGGCGCACGCUAGAAACCGGGGGGACAGAGUCGAGAGAACCGAGGGAGGAACCGAGUGAGGACCCGGAGGAACAGUUUUUGUUUUUGUGUCCGUUUUUAAACCGUUGAAGAACAUGAGGAACACUUGGAUACUUUUGACCCUCGCGUCGGCGGUCUUCCUCUCCGCGCAGCGGAGGACGGAGGCAGCGCGGGCCUCGUCUGACGACCUGUACCUUGACGACGGCGGGUCGGGGGGGUACUACCCCGAGGACGACGACGACUUCAACUCAGGCUCCGGCUCAGGCGGCGGCGACGAGGAGGAGGAGGUGGUGGUGGCGGUGGAGGCGGUGACCCAGGGCACGGUCUACAUCCAGCCCAAAGACACCGCGCCCACCAAGGACGCCACCAAGGCCUUCACCCCCAAGGUGGCGGCGGCCACGACUAGCGACGGGCCUAGCGACGCGGACCUCCUGAGGGAGAUCAUGCCCAGGAACCCGGUCAGAACAGAGAUGCCCCCGGCGGUCUCCACGGAGGUGCGGCGCGGCGACGCGGCGACCAGCAGCCCGGCUGGGGGGUCCGUCCUGGAGCCCAUCGAGGUCCGCUCAGAGAACCUGUUCCAGAGGACUGAGGUCCUGGCAGCCGUCAUCGCCGGCGGGGUGAUCGGCUUCCUGUUUGCCAUCUUCCUCAUCCUCCUGCUGGUCUACCGCAUGAGGAAGAAGGACGAGGGCAGCUACGACCUCGGCGAAAGGAAGCCGUCCGGAGCGGCCUAUCAGAAGGCUCCCACCAAGGAGUUUUACGCAUAAGCCCCGCCCCCCCCCACCCCUCCCUUUUCCCCACUCCCUCAUUUUAUUCUGUCCCAGCCACAACCCUGAUUGACAAAUCACACAGCGACUGUUGCCGAGGGCAGUCCGCGGUACGAUAAGAUUACAACCGGUGGCCAUGGCAACGACGACAACAACAACGACAACAACAGCGAUGGAAAGCGAAAUGCUCGACAGUCGAUUGAAGAAAUAGCUGCCAAAGGCUUUUGCAUCUAGAGUAUUGUAAUUAAGACCUUUUUUCAAUUUUUUUCUCAUUUUUAAUGAAAGCCAAGCAUUGCUUAUUUUACGGCAAAUCUCAGUGUAUUUAAACAUUCAUGUAAUAUUUAAAAAAUGGCUGAAAAAAAGAAAGAACAAAAAAAAAAUCGGUAACGGUAGCGGGACAAACAGGAAAAAGGCGUUUUACGUUUUGUUUUUUCAAGUAGCCGCCUACGCUAACCGUAGCAGUAUGUUAUUUGUAAAGAAACAUUUAAAAAGUGGACAUAAUUGAAUAUAAUUAUUCUUUAUCACUCCUACUUUCCUUUCUUUUUCUAUCAUGUUGUCUUAGCAUGUUGUCUCAUGUCGAUCCCCUGACCGUGGAUCUCAUUAAUUUAUCUUUUCUUCUCUGAUGUUUAAACGAAAAACAAAAAGCCUUUGUAGAUUGGAUGAAUCUCUUUUUAUUUCAUUUUAACGCUGAUAACUGUCAAUGUAAAUGCCCUCCUCUCAGCUUCCAAUGUUUAUUUUAAAAUGUUUGUUCAAGCUCUCUGUUGUAUCUUCCUUCCCUCCUUUCAUUACAGUUCGGAGCCACGGUUUGUAGAAACAAACUUAUGCUUUCAGUUUUCCACUUCUCCCUGGUUUGGCUCAAGUUUGGUAGGAAUGGGGUCAGCGGUCAGGAGGUGUGUCAGGGGUCAGCGGUCAGGAGAUGUGUCAGGGGUCAGGGGUCAAGAGAUGUGUCAGGGGUCAGGGGUCAAGAGAUGUGUCUGGGGUCAGGGGUCAAGAGCAGAGACGGGUCAGGGGUCAGAAGGGGUCAGAGUAUGUCGGGACACACACACACACACACACACACACACACACACACACACACACACACACACACACACACCUAGACACACACCUAGACACAAACACACACACCUAGACACAAACGCACACACCUAGACACAUGCAACUGGACACCUAGGCAUACUCACGCAUACACAUACACACACUGUUCCCCGUGCGGUUUGAUAACGCUGGCCCGGGCAACGGGGUCUGUCCUGAGGGCCCGCCGAAAGGAUCCACCCCCCUCCCACGCCUUUCAGAACGUGAAUGUGUGUGUUCACUUAUGUUUGUGUGUGUGUGUGUGUUUGUGCACGUACGUGUGUGUGUGUGUGUGUGUGUGUGUGUGUGUGUGUGUGUGUGUGUGUGUGUGUGUGUGUGUGUGUGAGAGAUGGUUUAAAAAAAAUGUCA